CAGACUAUACCUGCGCUUGGGCAGCGACGUCCGUGCUGUUCGAUACUCUACAACUAACUGGACUGGGCACGUAUACCUACCCAUAUUCACAUGCUCGUCGAAUUCUCAAGCUCAAAUCGUACUCGUUCCGGAUCCAAAUCGACUAUAAAACCUUUAGUCGGCCUCCUAGCGUUCUCAGUACUCCUCGGCACAGCAUGCGCGCUUCCACCAUACAUUCUCCUUCGACGUCGGCUCGUACGACUUGAAGCUGAGUUGAGUAAACUAAAUGCGUCAGCAAUAGGGACGGGGCUGGUGCGUGCCCGGACUGCUGAGGUGUUACGCGAGGUGAAGGCACUUUCAGUGCAAGUUGAUGCGGUGAAGGCACAGGUAGAUAGGAUGGGUGGGGAUGUGAAGGAUAUGAGGAGUAUUGGGUUGAAGGAGAGGACUAGGUUGGCUGGUGUUGAGACGAGGUUUGAUAGUUUGAGCGAGCAGCUAAAGUUAUACGAACAACGAGUCCUCGCUGCGUUAGCUGCGGAACAAAAGAGAAACAGCAAGACGGACGAGGAGAUUAACGGGCUUCGAAAGACAGCAGACAAGAACGCGAACAACUUAAGUAAAGUAGCAGUCUCACUCGCCGACAUCGCAGAUUUCAUCGACAGAUCUGAAAUCGAGCAGGGCGUGUUACCGGAGCAAGGGAAGGAGAGCAGCAAACACGUGAAUGCGUUGAGGGAUUCGGCGUUGCGUGUUUUGGAGAGCAUGCAUAAGGCGAAUUGACAUUUAUGUGGAUCUUGUGGAUUGGAGGUUGUACAUAAUAUGAUAUCAAUUUCUGUGGUUGUAGCAUAAAUAUUACAAUAAAUAUGUAUUU